AUGAGUAGGAAAAAGGACUCUGAGCUUCUCAAGUAUCUGGCUGGUGCCAAGCCCCACGGAAAUCGUCAGCCACGAAGCACAUUGGAAGCGGACAUAUCAGAGGAGAGCCUCUCGCAUGGUGAGACCGAUGGCUCUGGGACGGCGAACGAUGCCGGUAUCUCCGGCACUGUCUGGCUGAAACCAAGAGAUGUACAGACAAACCUGGAUGAUGCUUCUAACCACGAAGCCUUCUCUGAACCCGAAUCUAAAGCCUGGACUGAGCUGAAAACAGUCGGUCCGGACACUGUGACUUCUACAGACUUACUGACGAUACGAGGUUUGGAUUACCUGGAUGCAAAAGGGGCCAUUGACAAAAUCACUAUUGCAUCUUCAGGCGGCCCAACUACAGCAAACUCGACUGGGCCCGCCUCGCUUGCACUCAAAUGGCUCGAUACGUACAAGCCUGUCCACUGGUUUCCCAAGAUAUGCAAGCUGUCGCAAAGGCAGUUUUCAAAGAGGUGGGAAGGAGGUUUGCCACAAGCACCGAUCGAGGUUCCUAUGUGGAACCUGGGGCCAUACUUCGCUAUGGCACCUAAGCCAAGAUUAAGGAGGGCCACACUGGUGUACGAGCGCUCAAACAAAGAGCGCAGGUAUGAGUUACCUGUAGCUGAGGGCUGGAACUAUGUGGACUUCUUGCAGCAUGUCAUGAAAACCAUCAACAAGCCAGCAUGGAGAGCAUCCCAGUUUUUUGUUGUAAACCCAAAUCGCCGGCGCUUAUCUCCAAAGGCUUGGCUCCGUCUCAUGGCGCGGGGUUCAACAGAACUCGGCGUCUUCCACCUGAUUAAAAAAACGCACGAUGAUGAUGAUCUGAGGUAUCGUGUUAUGCAUGUGGCUUCGGAUUCUGGCCUCUCUAGUACAGAUGAUACCUCAUCAAGCUCUUCUUCCGGCGAAGACCCUUCCUCCGACAGCAACUGGAACCUAUCAGAACCAAGACUAUCUGGGGAAGGAGAUACCGCUGCCGCUAACGUUGAAUCUCUGGGAUAUACCGGUGCAAGGACCGUCAUCGAAAAUUUACAGACCUGGAGAUCUAGCAACCAUCUUGAUGACGUUUCUGAGCAUCCGUGGUUUACCGCUCUCCGAGUUCCACCUUCUAUUGGUGAAACGGGGGCUAAGCCUCAGCAAGGUAACUCAAAGCUAGACGACGUAAAGACUACGAUACAAAACUCAAACGGAACGCAAGAUGAAGACCCGGACAGUAGCUCAAGUUCGGACUGGUCCGACGAUUUGGAAAGGGAUUAUAUGCUUCAGACGCGACACUACAUUCACGACCACAUUUCUAGCAGUUGGGAUGGCAGCAUGUACAAGCCAGUCUUCAGCCCUAAAAUCGCCAAGAAAACUGGCAACGACGGUAUAGAAGCAAACUUAAGCGUAGGAGCGCACUCUGGCUCUACCCCUAAAGAGACGAAGGUCUCAAGUGUGGGAGCUGAGGAUGUCGCCAAACAACCCAUCACAGACGUUCCGCAAGAACAUGACUUUGGGCGAGAGUAUGGGGGCAUUCCUGUUGACCCCUCACGAGAUGACACCCUCCUUAUGAAAGAGUUGCUCGAAGUAUCAAGGAGCAUCAUGUCAGCAUUUGUGCCGCAUGAUGGAUGCAGCGACCACGACUUCAUAGUCCGUUUCUGGGGCUCUUUGGACAAAAUAUGCCGCAAGACCUCAGGAGAUGUCAGGCGCCAGUACGUUUCAAAUGCCGCGCGAGAGUUUGUCAAUGAUCUCUGGGAUUUCGACCGAACAAUCCAGGGACUUCAUGCUCUUGUUGCCAGGCCGUCAAACCUGACCAAGGCGGCGAGUAUCCCGCGGCCGCUUCUACCAAAUAACCUGAAGCUUGCAUUUAGUGCUAUCCUCGCCAUUUACAUCGUUCAUGCCAGGCGGCUCUCCCUGGAAAAUGAGGCUUGCCUGUUCAAUCCGAUCACCAAACAGCAGUGGUUGGAAGGAGACAGAACCAGGAGAAACGUUAAACUUGCGGAGGAGCGACAGGCUAUCACUAGAAACAGGGUAGAAGAGCUUCUCCAGCUUGCUAGACAAGGCAUUUUGGGAUUGGAGCACACGGAGAGCGCCCAAAUCAACCUCAACGACUGGGCGAAUCCGAGGUCCAAAUCAGUAGGGCUGGAGUUUCUGGCGCUCGCAGUGAUGAGCGGGCUGCAGAACAGGCCGGUCCUGCCCGACCCUGUGACCAACGUCGAGGAAAUCUAUAAGAUGUAUAUGAAUAACAUCCGUCUCCAGGCUAGCCGGCGGCCGAACCGACGCUUGUUCCUCCAAAUGAACGCGCUGCAAGAAGAGCUCAACGCCGUCCGCAGUGUCGUUGCUUGCCAGCGAGACCUGCUUGACAAGUACCUGUGGCUCCUAUCUCCAGACUCGUUCCGGGCUUCUAAUAUCAAACGUUCGAGGCCCUUUGAGAACGAGCGCAUCUUUGCGACCCGACAGCUCAGAUCUCUGCGGGCCAGAGAUGCGAAACUCGCCUUGUUGAAGGAUAUGGCAGGAACGUUCCGUGAACAGUUCAAACAAACCAUUGAGGUCCUCGAGGAGGAUCAUGGGAAAGCGAUUAGAGUGUUCACCAUCGUCACACUGUUCUUUCUCCCAAUCUACAAGGGGGAUGAGAUCAGCGACUGGAUUUCUUUGAAACUAGACGAGCAGCGCCAGAAGUUGCAUCAAGAUGCUGCGGUAGAAGUUAAGACGGUCGGUAGAAUCGUUGAUCCCGGAACAGGCUUUCGGGAGACCAUUUUGGCUAUGGUUCAGAAUCUGUGA